AUGCUCACUGUCCUCUAUGAGCUGUCCAAGGUGUUGAAGUCUAACCUUCUAUCCCGGGUUCUGCUGACUCUGCCACUAACUCCUGAUUCCUCCCUGUCACCGUCGCUGAUAUCUGAUAGUGAAGCUAAUGUUUCUGCAAACUCUGACCCGCUGACACACAGAUGGUGGUUCCUGCACUCAUCGCUGGCUCUGCUGCACACAUCCCAGGUUUUCCUUGGAUAUGUUCUGAUGUUGUGUGUCAUGUCCUACAAUUCUGCCAUUUUCCUGUCAGUUAUCAUUGGAUCUGGCCUUGGAUAUUACUUGGCCUUCCCUGUUCUUGCUAAAUUCCCAAAGCUGUACAGUCUGUAG